GUGUGAUUACCAGGAUCUCUUUUUUUUUCCUUCCCCCUCUUGUGCCGGGAUCAUUAUUCAAAACCUUCCUUGCGCUCGGGGCGUUCAUCAUCGGCUUGGGUUGGCGAACACUACGGCGUUAAUUGUGGAUUCGGAGGGUUUCUCGUGUGAUUUUUUUUAAACACCAGCACAUGCGCUGAGCUAUGGCAGCGGAGGCGUUCACUCAAAUGGGAAACCAUAUGGUUUCCGAUUCUGCAUCAACAAUCAAUGCCGUUGAUGAUAUGUCAACUGUCGAUGGCGACGAAAAUAUCUUGAAGAUGGCCGGUGGGCCGCGGAGGCGACAACAUGAUGACGAAGAUGAAGGCUCAGAAAUGUAUGAUGAAGAAGAUGACGAUGACUUGGAGAGUCUCUCAAGUAUUGCAGUUGAUGGAGCUAUAAAGACGUCGACCAACAAAGCGGAGGAAGAAAAGGAAUUACCACCACAUGCUUGUUGUUACUGUGGUAUACACAAUACUAGCAGCGUUGUCAAAUGUCUUGCCUGCAACAAAUGGUUCUGCAGUGCCCGCGGGAAUACAUCCUCUUCGCACAUCGUGAACCAUCUUGUUAGGGCCAGACAUAAGGAGGUCCAACUCCACCCUGAAUCUGCAUUGGGUGAAACUGUGCUUGAAUGUUAUAAUUGUGGUACAAGAAAUGUGUUUCUCCUUGGCUUUAUUCCAGCAAAGUCUGACACCGUGGUUGUUUUGCUUUGUCGUCAACCAUGUGCCGCAAUGCCGUCUUCCAAAGACAUGAACUGGGACACUUCCCUUUGGCAACCCCUUAUUGAGGAUCGCUCAUUCCUUCCCUGGCUUGUAGCUUCUCCUUCAGACCAGGAGCAACUACGAGCUCGUCACCUCAGUCCGCAGAUGAUUGCGAAAUUGGAAGAAAUGUGGAAGGAGAACUCUAGUGCUACCGUCGAAGACUUGGAGAAAGCGACCGGCGUCGAUGACGAGCCUGCGCCUGUCUUGCUUCGAUACGACGAUGCCUAUCAGUAUCAAAACGUUUUCGGACCUCUCGUGAAGAUAGAGGCAGACUAUGAUCGCAAGUUAAAGGAAGCGCAGUCGCAAGAUGGAUUGAUAGUCAAAUGGGACCUUGGUUUGAAUAACAAGCAUUUAGCGAGCUUCGUCCUGCCCAAACUGGAGUUAGGUGAUGUGAAACUGGCUGUGGGUGAUGAAAUGCGUCUUAAAUAUUCGGGCGAAUUACGACCAAAAUGGGAGGGUGUUGGAUACGUUAUUAAGAUUCCGAAUAAUCAGUCCGAUGAAGUCACUAUCGAGCUUCGGGCCAAGGGUGAUCAUAAGUCGGUGCCUACUGAGUGCACUCACAAUUUCACAGCGGACUAUGUUUGGAAGUCAACCUCCUUCGAUAGAAUGCAGUCCGCCAUGAAGACCUUUGCUGUUGAUGAGCUGAGUGUUUCUAACUAUAUCUUUCAUCGGCUUUUGGGAAAUGAAGUCGCUGCUGGGCCGAUGAAAACUCAAUUGCCCAAGAAGUUCACAGCACCCGGUCUUCCUGGCCUGAACCCCAGUCAAAUUAACGCUGUCAAAGCUGUCCUUCAAAAGCCCUUGAGCUUGAUCCAGGGCCCUCCCGGUACCGGAAAAACUGUUACUUCUGCGACAGUUAUUUAUCAUCUAGCAAAAAUUAGUGGUGGGCAGGUGCUGGUUUGCGCUCCAUCCAAUGUUGCUGUCGACCAAUUGUGCGAAUGCAUUCAUAGAACAGGCUUGAAGACCGUUCGUGUCACUGCAAAAUCAAGAGAGGAUGUUGAAUCGCCUGUUCGUCAUCUUUCACUUCAUGAGCAAGUCCGCAACAAUGACAGCAAUGUCGAGUUGAUGAAACUGACGCAAUUGAAAAAUGACAUGGGAGAACUAUCGAGCCAAGAUGAGAAAAAGUUCAAACAACUCACACGUGCUGCGGAAAAAGAAAUUCUUAGCAAUGCAGAUGUUAUCUGCUGCACCUGUGUGGGUGCUGGGGAUCCAAGACUUGCCAAAUUCAAAUUCCGGACCGUUUUGAUCGACGAAUCCACACAGUCAUCGGAGCCUGAAUGUAUGAUCCCUCUUGUGAUGGGAUGCAAACAAGUUGUUCUUGUUGGGGACCAUCUGCAGCUUGGCCCGGUUAUCAUGAACAAGAAGGCAGCUAAGGCUGGGUUGAAUCAAUCACUUUUCGAGCGCUUGGUGAUCCUGGGAUGUGCUCCUAUUCGGCUGAAUGUCCAAUACCGAAUGCACCCUUGUCUGUCAGCUUUCCCAUCUAACAUGUUUUAUGAGGGGUCUCUGCAGAAUGGCGUGACGAGUGAUGAUCGUCUUUUAAAAGAUGUGGACUUCCCCUGGCCUGUUGCGGAUAAGCCCAUGAUGUUCUGGUCGAAUCUUGGCAACGAAGAAAUCUCUGCUUCUGGAACGUCGUACCUGAAUCGGACGGAGGCCGCGAACGUGGAGAAAAUUGUUACUCGAUUCUUCAAAGCCGGCGUUAAACCGUCAGCCAUCGGUAUUAUCACUCCCUAUGAAGGACAGCGCAGUUAUGUCGUCAGCUCCAUGCAACUUAAUGGAACAUACAAGAAAGAGGCCUACAAGGAGAUUGAAGUCGCAUCAGUUGACGCCUUCCAAGGCCGAGAAAAGGACUUCAUUGUGCUGUCCUGUGUCAGGUCCAACGACCAUCAGGGAAUCGGAUUCUUGAGCGACCCACGUCGUCUAAAUGUUGCCCUUACACGUGCCAAGUACGGUCUUGUUAUCCUAGGAAACCCCAAGGUUCUUUCGAAGCAUCCUCUCUGGAACUACCUCCUCCGCCAUUUCAAAGAGGGGAAUUGCCUGGUGGAAGGUCCUUUGUCGAAUCUUCAGACUUCCCUUGUGCAAUUCAGUCGCCCAAAGCAGGCGUAUCGCGGCCCACAGCGGUUCCAAAUGGCGUAUAAUCACGCUUCAAGCAUGGCCGCAGGAUUGAUGAACGGUCGAAAUGGACAGCACACCGACUUCCAGGACUCUGGGUCUGUCGCCAGUUAUAUUCCGGACGAUGUUUCUUCGGUUCACUCUUCCGCCUUUGGCGGUGUUGCCAUCCCACCUGGUUACCCGCAGAUGUUCCAAAAUUUCAGCGAGGUGUGGCCGCAGCUUCCUAACAAUCGUCGUGCAAAUGGAUCCCGAGCGACAGGUGCGCCCAGCGUCGCUGAAGAGUCCGUGGCGGCCACCGAAUCCGACGUGACGGGAAGUAUGAUCGAUGGGCGGAGCGUGGGGCAAGGAGGGGUCAGUCUCAGCGGAUUAAGCAUUCAUGAUGUGACCAAACAGCCCAGUCUUAGCCAGUCCGAUCGCCUGAAACACUAUGUUGAAUCCAGCGGCCGUGCGGAGCCGUAUAGAGGAUACGAAAACACAAGCGUGUUUGGCGGAAGUUCAGCGAGCAUGCGGAUUCCCCGCGGCAACGUUAGCCAUGCUACCGACGACGAUGACGCCCGCAGCAUCUCUACCGCAUUCGCGAGCCAAAUAGGAGGAACAUAUGAUUGAAGGUAGGAUCUUGCAUAGCUGUUGCGCAGUUGGAUGAAGUUGGAUCGGCACAUUUAAAAUCAUACGGAAUUUCCGAGCACCCGGGACGAGAGGGAGCUGCAAAGAAAAAUUGUGCAAGUGGCGUUGUAUCGGUUAUGUGCUACGGACGCCUGGCCAUAGCCAUCAACAACAUGCUACUAUGGCCUUUUUUUAUUUUGCUCCGGUCGAUACUCUAACCAGCCGUCGUGUGAUGGGUAGGUCUGGAGGCCAAGGCAAUAGCCUCUCUGUUCGCAUCAAGGACAUCACCAUAUAUAUCCUCCGUUCAUCAUGGCAACAAGGCCAUCGCGGGUGCCCCCUGCUAAUUGUUCCUGGCAUCCCCCUUUUUCACAUAGGAUCUUACGGUCAACUUGGGAGAAAGAGGACGGUUGGAGCUACGAGUGGACAGGGAUUUUUUGAGUUGUGCUGGGGUUCCAAAAGACAGCACGUUUGGUAGCUGCUUCGCUACAGGGGGCGGGCUACCUUGUUGCAGGCCAGUUGCAGCCAAUUUUAGCUAGGCAAGA